AAUAGUAGUCUUUCUGCUGUCUUUGUCAAAAAAAUAAAUGAACUAGACAAUUUACUCCAGAAGAAACCACCACCCAACUUGGAUUCUUAAUGCUUUUUCUUCCUGACAAACAUCAUCAAUACAAUUCCAUGAUUCCAAUUUCCAUCAAUCAUAUUUGUCCAUAAUUCGUCAAUUAUGAACAAUAAAUAACCCACCUGUUUGUUCUUCUUAGUAUGCUUAGUUUUAAGUGAAGCCAUAAUUGUUAGAAAAUGGGGAGUGCUUUACUUGGUACUGUUUCUUCAAUGUUGUUGCUAAUUCUUUUCUGGGUUGUGUUUCCCCAGUUUGGUUCAAGCAGCAAUCUUUGUGAAAGAACAUCUGCUAAAGAAGGCUCUUCAGGAAAUUGCUGAGGAAAUGAGAAAAAUGGAUUGGAACUUCGAAAAAGAUCCUUGCAGUAAUCACACAAGCUGGUUUUCCGAAAGGGACCCAGCUAGGGUAACCUAUGUUAAUCAAGUGACAUGCAAAUGUUUUGGUGGGAAAUGGCAUUUGACUAAUAUGUAAUUUGAAGUGGAAGGAAACUAAAUAACAGGAAAGUUCCAUUUUCAACUUUUCAUUUCACUUUCCACUUGAAAAAGUGUGGAGUUUGGAUGGAGAGAAAGCGAGCAUUAUCUCUCUCUUUCUCUUUGGAGAUCAAACUAGGAAUGCAAUAUUGUAUACCACUAUACCUUUCAAGUCUCCAACAGUUGGCUUAUUUUGCUUGCUACUUGAACAGGUCCCUUAAGGGUCAAGAUCUUUCUGGUGGUCUUCCAAAGUCUUUAGUGAAGUUACACUACCUCAAGACAAUUGAUCUGUCGAGGAACCUUCUAAGUGGUAGGAUACCAGAAGAAUGGGCUAAAAUGAAACUGAAAUAUGUGUCUCUUAUGGCCAACCGACUGUCCGGUCAAAUUCCAAAAUAUCUGGGGAACAUUACGACUCUCCUUUAUCUAAGCAUCGAGAGCAAUUUAUUUUCUGGAACUGUUCCUGCAGAGCUUGGGAAGCUGGUCAACCUUAAAAUUCUAAUCCUUAAUGAUAACAAUCUUGGUGGACAGUUACCAAUUGAGCUACAUAAGCUGGCGCGCUUAACUGAACUGAAGAUAAGCAGUAAUAAAUUCAGUGGACGAAUACCUGAUUUUAUUCAGAAAUGGAAACAGCUUAAAAAGCUAGAGAUUCAAGGGAGUGGCUUUAGUGGGCCAAUACCACUCAGCAUCUCUCUUCUUACCAACUUAGUUGAACUAAGGAUUAGUGAUCUAAAUGGAGAAGGUUCUAAGUUUCCGUCCCUAGAGAAUUUGACACAUUUGGUGCGAUUGAUGUUGAGGAGCUGCAAAUUGUAUGGAUCUAUUCCUCGCUACAUAGCAAACAUGUCAAACUUGAAAAUUCUGGAUCUCAGCUUCAACAAAUUGAAUGGAUCUAUUCCAAAUGAGCUUCAAUAUAUUAAUUCAUUGCAAAACAUGUAUUUGGCAAACAAUAUGCUAAGUGGACCCAUUCCCGGAUGGAUCACAAACAAAGUGGACAGCAGCCACAUUGAUCUUUCAUACAACAAUUUUGAUAAAAGUUCUGCACCAUCUUCUUGCAAUAAAGAGACCUUAAACUUAUACAGAAGCUUUUCAGGGGAAGGGAGCCUAAAAUCAAGUGUAUGCCUGAAGAACUUUCACUGUAGAGCUCAAUAUUCAUUGCAUAUCAACUGUGGUGGGACAGAGACCACCAUCAGAAAGUCUACCUAUGACGAAGAUGACGAACGUGGGGGUGCUGCAAAGUUUGUUCCCAGAAGGGCAGAAUGGGGAUUUAGUAGUAGCGGGGAGUUUUGGUAUUCACAAGUACCUAGUAAUUAUAUAGCAAAAGGCAAUCCAUUGCUAGGACUGAAGGACUCAAAGCUGUACAUGACAGCACGGUUGUCAGCUACAUCUUUAACAUACUAUGGGAGUUGCUUGGGAAAAGGAAACUACAGUGUUACGCUCCACUUCCAUGAGAUAGUUUUUGCUAACAAUUCUUAUUCUAGUCUUGGAAGACGCAUUUUUGAUAUCUAUAUUCAGGAUAAACUUGUUCACAAGAAUUUUAAUAUUUUAGAAGAAACAAAUAAAACUAAUACGGUGGUGAAGAAGGUAUUUCAACACAUACCAGUGAAUGAUAUUAUAGAAAUCUGUUUCUACUAUGCUGGAAAAGGGAGCACAGGAAUUCCUGUCAGAGGAACAUAUGGCCCACUUAUAUCAGCAAUUUCUGUCAAGUCUGAGUUCAAACCUCCUCUCGAUAGACGAAAGAUUACAAGAAUUUCAGGUGGAGUUGCAACUUUUUUGUUGUGCACCACUAUUGUUGGUAUUUUCAUUUGUUGGCGGAAACACCGCUCGAAAGACAUGGCUUCAAGAGAACAAGUUCUCGCCGGACUUGAUCUGCAAACUGGGUUAUUCACUUUUAGACAAAUUAAAGCUGCCACCAACAACUUCAGUGCUGACAGUAAGAUUGGAGAAGGUGGAUUUGGUACAGUAUACUUGGGAAUACUCUUAGAUGGCACCCAUAUUGCGGUGAAGCUACUUUCUUCAAGAUCUAAACAGGGGAAUCAAGAAUUUGUGAAUGAAAUAGGCAUGAUCUCUGGUUUGCGUCAUCCAAACCUGGUAAGGUUGUAUGGAUGCUGUGUUGAGGGAAGCCAAUUGUUCUUGAUAUAUGAAUAUAUGGAGAACAAUAACCUUGCCCGUGCAUUGUUUGAUAAUAGUCAGCUGAAAUUGAAUUGGCCUACUAGGCAGAAGAUUUGCAUUGGUGUAGCAAGAGGUUUGACCUUUCUGCAUGAGGAAUCAACUAUAAAAAUUGUUCAUAGAGACAUCAAAGCUACAAAUAUACUGCUUGAUAAAGACCUCAAUGCUAAGAUCUCAGACUUUGGGCUGGCUAGACUUGAUGAAGGAGGGCGUACCCACAUUAGCACUAGAGUUGCUGGAACAAUAGGAUACAUGGCGCCAGAAUAUGCAUUGUGGGGUUAUCUGACAUAUAAAGCAGAUGUCUACAGUUUUGGGGUCUUCGCAUUAGAGAUAGUUGCUGGUAGAAGCAAUACAAAUUUUAAGCCAGAUGACAAUUAUUUCUGCCUCCUAGAUUGGGCCUUUGCUCUACAACAACAGAAAGGAAAUAUAAUGGAGCUGGUGGAUCCAAAACUUGGGACUGACUACAAGAAGGAAGAAGUUCUCAGGAUGAUCAAGAUUGCUCUGUUGUGCACUAAUCCGUCACCAGCAGUAAGACCUGUGAUGUCCGAGGUACUAAGCAUGCUUGAAGGAAGUAUGGUUGUGCAAGAACUAACUUUAGCACCUGGUAUACACAGUAAUGACUGGAUUUAUCAGGCUUCCAGAAGAUAUCAUGAUAUGCCUUCGGAUAGUGAGACUCAAAGCCUAAUUUGCUCUCUAGGUGCAAGAAAUAAUAUUCCUACUCAUCAGCCUAAAUCUUCAGUAAUUGAAGGUGAUCAAAUGUAAAAUUUUAUCAUUAGAUUAGCUCUCAUAAGAUGUUUCUAUUCAAGAUAUCGGCCUUUUCCUCGGUCGUUUUGAAGGUGUAUGUAUUUGGUUUCUAUUCAUAUUUAUGUUCUCGGUGUAAUGAGUUUUUGUCAUAUUAUUUAAGUUGAAGAGAAAAGAUAUGGAAAUUUUAGGGUGGAAUGAGUACA